UUGAUCAGCCAGUGCGUGCCGUAUCCCCGCAGAGCGCAGACGCGUACCCUGAUAUGUAACGUAAAUAAAUGACAUAUAUUUAGUCGUUUAUGUGGCAUUUUUUAAAACAACUUUAAAUGACAUAUAAUUCAUUUGAGGGACAAUUUUAAAUAGGCCUUGUAAUAGUGUUGUGAAAAUGAAAGAAGAAAAUAAAUCCGAUGUCGAAAAAAGUUCUGGCAAAGCCAACGAACUGAGCUUUGAAGAAGCUUUCGAAUUGACUGGCCAUGGCAAAUUCAACCACCUGGUGCUGUUCACAUGCGGGCUGAUAAUGCUGAACGUGUCGAUGGAAUCGGUCGGGAUGAGUUACGCGAUCACGGCUGCGGAGUGCGAGCUGGAGCUCACCAGCAGGCAUAAGGGGCUUGUGAAUGCUGCUGCUUUUAUUGGUAUAAUCAGCACGUCAUUCCUCUGGGGCUACCUUGGAGACAGGCUAGGUCGUCGAGCAGUCAUGCUGCCCUCCAUACUCGCGUCAGCAGUGUUUUCAGUAGCCUCCUCAUUCUCUACUAAUGUAUGGAUGCUGUUGGUGUUGAGGAUAUUAACGGGAUGCUUAAUAUCGGCAUCAAGUGCAACAGUUUACGCAUAUUUGGGCGAGCUCCACGUAAACUCGAGACGAGCUGCCGCCAUCGCGUGGGGUUCCGCCUUCAUUUCCUUCUCAUUUAUAAUUUUACCAGGUUUAGCCUGGGUAAUUAUUCCGGGGAAAUGGACGUUCAACCUGGCCUGCAUGCAGAUCGUACCCUGGCGCGCCUUUAUAUGGAGCUGGUGUCUGCCGGGGUUGGUGGCUGCGGUAAUGCUAUUGGCUCUACCAGAGAGCCCGAAGUACCUCCUAGCGUCCAAAGGUCCCGAUGCAGCCCUACCAGUGCUCGCUAAAAUGUACGAGUGGAACCAUGGGGCGAAUAAUAAAUUCCCUGUGGAAAAGAUCUCAAACACCAGCGCGGAUAUGAACAAGUCCGGCUCAGGGUUCGUUGGCGCCGUGAAGAAUAUAGCGCAGAUGUUCAAGCCGCCACUACUGCGCUGCGUCAUCAUAUCACACGUCUCCAUGUUCGCUGUCUUCAUGUUAUCUAGCGGCUUGUACGUGUGGGUUCCAGAUAUACUAAACAACAUUUUGCACGGCGCGGACCAGAUCAGCGUCUGUCAGAUUAUUUCUGACAAAUUCGCUAAUGCCACUUUAUCGUCAAAAGACGCGUGCCACGCCGAAGUAUCUGUAUCCGUGUUUCCAAUCUCGAUGGCCAUGGGCGCCGUGUUCGCGAUCACCUAUCUGUCAAUUGGAGUUUUCAUCAACAAAAUUGGCAGGAAAAGUUUAUACUGUGGUAUUAUGUUUAUAUGCGGUAUCGCGACGGUGGCCGCGGCGUUCGUGCCUCACGGCGGCGCUGCUACUGCCCUAAUCAUCCUUUGCCUCUGCUCUGGAUGUGCUGCCUCGAUCCUCGCCGCGAUCGCUGUUGAUGUGUUCCCGACUAGUUUGCGAGCUAUGGCGAUGUGCAUGAUGUAUAUGGUGGGUCGGUCGGGGGCGGCAGUGGGUUCGAACCUGCUCGGCGUGACGCUCGACACGCACUGCCACAUGGCUUUCACUGGCUUCGGGGUAUUUAUUGCAGGAUCUGCAUUUCUGAUGUUCUUCUGGCCAAAACCGGAAAAAGUGAGGGCAGAGAUGGAACAACAAGGCUUCUCAUAUUAAACGGAUGCAUGAUAUUUGAUUAAUGAUAAGUUAUAAGACUGAUACAAUUACUUUGUAAUUGUAAGUGUUCGUUCCAUUAAUUAAUUAAACUUACUCUACUUAUUUACU